AUGAAUAAUAUUAAAGCGCAAGCCGAUUUAAGAGGACAUCAAGCACUGUAUGGAGCCCAUUUAAACGAAACCAGUUAUGGUACUAUCAAUUUAAGACCGGAUUUAGAGGAGCAAGAAGAGCAGACAAAUAUAAGUGUUCGGAUUCAAAACCGAAGAGUCAAGUGGCGUAAAGAGUCAAAAUUACAGAAUGAUCAAAACACAUUACAGUACCAUCAUUUGGAAACUAUUGCGUCACAAAGUUCUACAGGACAUCAAGCACACGUUGAAAGUAACAACUUUAGAGAAUCACUGUAUGAAACCCAUUUGAACGAAACCAGUUAUGGUACUAUGAAUUUAAGACCGGAUUUAGAGGAGCAAGAAGAGCAGACCAAUAAAAGCGUGUAUUUAAAAAACUUUUAUGAGCCCAAAUACGAUGUGUAUCCAAUUUAUGUCAGAAAAAAAGUCCUAAUUACUGAACUAAUAGUUAGACAUCAUAGUUAAACCUUUAAAUUAAGAUUUUGUGACUCCUUAAUAAGACCAGAAGUAGUACCUUAUAUGUACUUUCAAAUA